AUGACUUGCCGUGCUAGAAAAGUGUACGGCAGUAUUCAGUGCAGUUCACAUGAUGAAAAUAUAGCAUUCGAUUGCUCAAGUCCAGAUGCACAAAAUGUGAUAUAUUGUUUUCUGGGUUCGACGGAAGUUGACAGUAAAAAUGUUGAUAAUAUUGAAGCUGUUCGUCAAUUGUGUGAUAGUCGACGUCGAAGCGUAGUGUUUUGUCGAACAUGUGGCCUUUUCAGAUUUGGCAGAUGGCUUACUCCCAAAGAAAAACGAAUGAGGCUUUGGGUUGCUAAUUUACUUUCUUGGCAAUACACUACUGGUAAACUAAAUAAGGAGGAAAAUUGGCUUUUUUACGAAUUGUCAAAUUUGAAAUGGACACGAACAUUUGAGAUAGUUGCAACAAUUAGUGAUCAAGGUGCUUUGAAAUUCAGUCUUUUUUUAAAAAAUAAUGCGGUUGCUUACGAAAAUAAUGUUUAUAAUGUGAAUGAUUCAUCUGAUGUGAAAGCGAUUAUUGCGAUGUUCUUUCCUCAUUUGGUACCAUCUCCUAUUUCUUCGGCAAGACUUAUAUUAAAAGAAAAAGAGAAUAUUGAUGGAUUCUUCGAAAGUAUCAGACAUGAACCUGUGAGAAAUUGGAGGAUUUCUACUGAAAGUAUUGUUGCAGUUCUACGACCUUAUCAAAAAGAUGCAAUACGCUUUAUGAUCUCACGUGAAGAUCCUAGUCAACAGAUCAAUUUUACGGUUAAGUAUGAUUUUGUUGAACUGCCAACUACACCACCAAUUCUGUAUUCACCAGUUACUGGUUCUUUAUCACGACAACUCGAUACUCCAUCAUUUGGCAAAUGCCCACCAGGUAUCUUUGGAUAUUUAUUUCAAAAAUAG